AUACAAAGUGCACAAAAUACGAGGAAUAGAACAAAACUUAAAGUCUCGCAUGCCGGUGGUAGCAAAAGCAAUGCAAGGAGAGGUCGUCAAAUGGAUAAAAUAUUGGAGCAUCUACCUGAAGAUCAAGAACAUGCUGCUACUUUAGGUGUUCCAUUGAAGAUAUUGGCCCAUCCUAAUGACGCCAUUGGAAAAGUGUAUGGAGUUGAACAUUCUGGUCGUGUGCGUGGUAUAGGUGGUAAUGUUUGUCCUUCAGCUGCUUUUGGGAUGCCUAGACAUUCAAUUAGUCAUGUAAAUGUCGGUACUUCCAAUAAUAUGUCUCAUCAACGUGUUGAAGACCUAGAGAAACAUGUAGAAACUUUGGAAGAGAAGCUGACCGGAUAUGAAGAGACCAAGGAAAAGCUUGAGGAAACUAAGAAACGACUUGCGCAAAAUGAGAAUCACUUGGCAACUCUUCAUAGGUUUUUACAAGCCAAAUUUGGUAGUGAAUUGCCUACUUUCAACAUAGAUUCUUCUUAG